AUGAGUCUGUAUGAAUUUGAACAAAUCUCUCUAGCAGUGAUCAAAGAUUAUAAACUGAAACAAAAGCAACACAUUCUUAAUUUAUUUGUCCAAUUAUAUGGUGCAUUCGUCACUGAAAUACAAGAUGUAAUAGAUGAACUUCGUCAUUUUUAUGGGUCGCAAGAACAUUCAUUUUCGUCGCCAAACCAUGUUGUUCAUACAAGAAAUGACGUUGACUAUCAACCUGAUUCACAAAUAGAAGAAGAACCAAUAACUGAUCUACCACUUGAUUUAUCAAAAAGUCACCCCAUAACAACUGAUAUGUCUUCCACUCAUAUGUAUCUGUCUGUAAUAGAUGAACAAUCAGAAUCGAAUGCUGAUGACAGCACAGAUGAUGAAGAUACAAUGCAGACAAGAAUUCAAGAUCCAAUAUCGACAGCAAUGGUGAACGAUAUAAAAUCACCGGUGCUUGGUGCUAUUCAACCAACAUCACAUGCUAUGGAAGACAUACAUAAUACUGGCAAUAUGGUUGAAAAAGCAACAAUCUUUGAAACAUCACCAGAUCUUCUUCAUCGUGAUCAGUCAGCGAGUACAAUCUCUCCAUUUAUGAAUGUAGAACUAACAAAAAGGCCAAGAAAAAAUGGUCAGAAAACAUCAAAAGAUGUUGCUAAUAAACAGUCAAUAUUAUCAUCUCCUAUAACAAGCAAUAAGAAAAAAUUGUCAAAAAGAAAUAACUCAACGAGAAAAGCAUCAACAUCACGUCCUCUAAGACAAACAACAAUGACACAAGUAUUUGACAAACUUGAAAAAUCUGCACCAUGUGUACAACAAUCACAACUCGCAUCACCUUUGCUAGUAAUAAAAAAA